AUGAUUAAUACCCAAUCGCAUUUAAAUAUUGCUACUGUGAGGCUGAUGAAGAUGCCGCUUGAUCCUCGACCAGACGAAAUCACUGAAAUCCCCGAUCGCAGCGAGCCAGCACAAGUCACCCUCGCCGCGUUCGAUUCAAACGACACCGUAGCUACUACUAGAACCUUUUUUGGGGCCCGUACCAUCUCUGCCGCCACUAUGCUAUCUCAAAUUCGGUUGCGGCGACCGAGAGCUGCGGCUGCGAACCAUGGUGGCAGGAGAACCGAAGUUGUCAGUGUCAGUGUCAGGAGACGUUUACGUACUACGCUUCCUUGUACACAUGACGCAACUUUGCUCAAGUACGAAUGA